AUGGAUUCUGAUGCUAUUAUGUAAAAAAUGGCAGUCAUUUUUGAUGAUCCUGAAUAAAAGCUACUAAAUGAAAUCUCUGAAAUCAAUAAGAAUAGAUAUUAAAGUCAGAUGCAAAGAUUGAAUGAACUUAAAGAGAUAUAGGAGGAUUCAGAUAUUGAAAUUCAAAAAUAGAAAAAAUUAAUUGAAUAAUUAGAAAAAUCAUUAAUCAUUGAAUCAAACAAGUCUAAGUAAUAUGAUGAAAUCUUGAGAUAAUAUGAAAGUGAAGGCAAGUCUUUAUCUGAUGAAAGUAAAAAAUACAUAAUUUAAAUAACACAACUAAGCGAGAAAGUCGAGAAUAUAAAGAAAUAAUAUUUAUAGGCAUAAGAAAAAUAAGAUGCCAUGGAGAGAGAAUAACAAUAACAAAUAAAAGAUCUAGAAAAUUGGAGCAAGAAUUCAAAGAAUUUAUAAAAUGAAUUAUAAAAGAAGGAUUAAAAAUAAAUUAAGUUGCUUGAAGAACUAACAUAGGUUAAAAUCUAAUAACAGGAAGUCAAACAGAUUGAAUCAAAUGAUGAUUUACAAAAAUUAUUAGAUAAACUAUUAGCAGAUAAUAAAAGACUAUUAAAAUAAAGAUAAGAAGUUGUAGCUGUUUUCAAAAAAUAGGCAAAAAUUAUCGAAAUCUUGAAAAAACAAAAGCUUCAUUUGUAGACAUCAACUUCUCUUGAUUUGACUGAAUAAGAUUUUGCUAAGAUAGUUGAUUUUAGUUUAUGAGUUUACUUUUAUAAAAAAA